UUCUCUGCAGUAUGAGGUAUUUCUAAUUACCAUAGCUUCUUAUCCACAAUACUGCACUCUGACAUGCUAAACAAACCCAAAUAGUCAGGAACAACUUCAGUAAUCUGCCGCAGUUUGGAAAUGUCUCGUCCAUUUAGGCUAUUUUUGUUUUUUUAUGGUUGCUGCUUCAUCUUUGCAUCCCCGGAAGUCUGCACAAACUCCCUGAUACCUGGAGCUAAAGGAGAUCAAGGGGAGGCUGGAGCGCAGGGAGAGGAGGGAAAACUUGGGAAGAAUGGACCACCCGGAAUGCCAGGUGUGCCAGGUGAACCAGGCCUUAAAGGAGAAGUGGGUCCCACAGGAAAGAUGGGCCCCCCUGGAGAGAAAGGUGACAAAGGUUUGAAAGGUUUCGAUGGACCAGUUGGACUCAGAGGAAAAGCUGGUGCAACAUGUGACUGUGGGAGAUACAGGAAGGUGGUCGGAAAGCUUGAUGUGAACUUAGGGAGGCUGACAAACACUGUUAAGUUUUUAAAGAACGUGGUCCUGGGCUUGAAGGAGGACAAGGAGAGACACUAUCUGCUUGUUAAGGAGUCCAAGAAAUUCAGAGAAGCUUCAAUGAACUGCAAGCUUAGAGGCGGCACCUUGGCCAUGCCAAAAACCAGCGACAUCAACCGUCUCAUGACUGGCUACAUCACUCAGGCAGGACUGACGAGGGUUUAUGUUGGUCUGCAGGCUCAAAGUAAAGACACGGAUGGAAAUGGUGGUGGUUACAUUUAUGUAGACUCUUCUCCUCUGCAAGAGUUUUCUGCGUGGACCCCAGAGGAGCAGCUUCAUUCCAGGUUAUCUUCAAACACCAGCUCCAGCUGCGUGGAGCUGCACAGCACUGGGACCUGGAAUAAUGUGGAGUGUGAAGCUACCCUGUUCUUCAUCUGUGAGUUCCCAAAGAGCCAAGGAAAAGGAGGAGUGCCUGCUUCCACGUCACAAUGAGAUUUAAAACCA